AUGGCGUACAACCAUCGUAUGAGUAUGGCUGGCUCCCAGCAGCAACAAAAUCGGGGUCGCAAGAAGGAAGACGAUAAUGACGCACUGAUGCGCCUGCCCGACAGGGAAAUUGCAGGAUGUAUCAACGAUAUCGGUAUUCCGUUCACCGCGGCCGACCUGGCGAAACCAAAUGCCCAGCAAAUCCAGAUGGUCUUCGAAUGGUUCGCUGAGCUUCUCAUGAACACAACAAGGGAGACAGUCGAGCCAGCUAUGCACGCAGCUGCUGAAGAUACCUGUGGCGACUACCCCGACAUCGUUCCGAAUGACACACGUAACCUCAUGGGUUUUUUCAUAAGCCUGCGGAGAUUGUUGACAGAGUGCGGCGUGAAUGACUUUACCUUCACAGACCUGACAAAACCGACCCACGACCGACUAGUUAAAAUCUUCUCCUACCUCAUCAACUUUGUGCGCUUCCGAGAGUCGCAAACGCCUAUCAUCGACGAACACUUCAACAAGACUGAGAAGACCAAGUCGCGCAUUGAUGAACUACUUGCCGAGAAUCAAGAGAUGGAACAACGCCUAGCGGAGAUGCGACAGAACCAACAAGCCAAUGAGGUCCAAGUGCGUGAGAAAGUCGCUAGAAACGACGCGCUUAAAGCCCGCCUCAUCGAAUUGGGCCGAGAGCAGUCACGGGUUGCAGAGACACUCGACCGAGUAAAGAGCGAUAGACAACGGCGACAGCAGCAAUUAGAGGAGAAGAUGGAGAGGACAGUUCGGAGCCGGCAAGAGGCCGAAAAGCUGCGGCCCUACGUCCUUGAGUCCCCUGCCACUCUGCAAACGUCCUUGACGGAAUUAGCGGAGAGCCUGAUGCGCGAAAAGGCUCAAAUUGAUGCUAUGGAGAAGCGCGCACGGGCUUUGCAGACCUCCUCAGACACGUUCACCGUUGUUUCCAACGACGUGCAAGCAUGCGUGAAGCUACUUGAUGACAUUUCAUCCGAACUUCAAAAGGAAGAGGAGGAGGAAUCUCGUGCAGCUCGUAACAAGGAGGCUAUUUCGGAUAGAGGCAACAGCGUCAGGGAAGUGGAACAGACCGAGAAACUCUUGCAGCGGCAAUUGGCCCGUUGGAAUGAGAGAAUCGAGGGUCUUCGCAAAAGCGCACAGGAGAAAGCCGAGGUUGCUCAGGCCCGAAUGGAAGAGCUUCGCAACGUACAGAAGCAGCUUCGUGAGGAACGAGCCGAGAAACAGCGCGACAUGGAGCGCCGGCGGAUCCGCAUUGAGCAGACCGAGAAGAAGAUGGUCGAUCUCAAAGAGAACAUCGAGAGUGAGAUACAAUCUGCUCACGACCAGUAUCUCAAGCUGGAAGCCCACAUCAAACUCUACAUCUCGGAGGUGGACAAGUCCUUAUAG